AUGGUAUCAGACCCAGUGUUCCCGUUGUGUGUGAAGAUGCAGUGUCCUCUGUGUCUGUGCAAUGGAGUGAAAGGCAGCAGGGGAGACAAAGGUUUUCCAGGCGUUGAAGGUCCCCCAGGGCCAAAGGGCCGUCCAGGAGCCGAUGGUUAUCCUGGGCCUUCGGGACCAAAGGGCAACACUGGGCCUGAUGGACCUGUGGGGCCAAAAGGCAAUCAGGGACCUGAAGGCAAAGAAGGAUUUGCCGGGUCUCACGGUUUACCGGGAGUCCCAGGUUUACAAGGCCCUCCAGGACCCCCAGGGGCACCAGGCUGCAAUGGAACGGAUGGAGAGGAUGGACCGCCUGGUAUUCCCGGGGCCCCGGGCCUUGAUGGACCUGCAGGUCCAACUGGCCGGCCUGGACCUAAGGGUGAACCUUUGGUAUCAGUGGAUGCAUCGCAAGUGCCUGCUGGGCCACGUGGGAGGGACGGAGAGAUGGAAUGUCCAGGUAUUCCCGGAGAGGUAGGACUACCAGGGUACCCUGGACCAAGGGGCUCAAGCGGUUUUCCUGGCCGUGCUGGGGCAGCAGGAUCUAAGGGUCAAGAAGGCAUAGGCGGUAUCCCUGGACCUCGUGGACCACAGGGACGACCAGGACCACGAGGGCCCCCCGGGCCACCAGGUCAGAUCAAUGAGUUUUUCACCGGGAGUCUCCCAUUAAAGGGUGAAAAGGGAAACAGAGGAGAUGUAGGAGAAAAGGGCUGCAUUGGUGCACCAGGAGACCCUGGUGAUGGCCAUUACACCAAAGGAGCAAAGGGAGACCAAGGACCGGAAGGUCCAGAAGGAAAGCCAGGGAAGGAUGGUGAUCCUGGACGAGCAUUAAGGGGAAGACCUGGCGUCCUAGGGGAUCCAGGAUUUACAGGAACACCAGGAGCGACGGGUGAAAAGGGAGAUAGGGGGCCCCCUGGUCCAGCUGGAGAUAUAUUUUGGAUUUUGACUGAAUCACUCAAAGGAUACCCCGGAGAUCCUGGUUUCCCAGGCUUCCCUGGACUCCCUGGGCAUCAAGGUAUUGACGGAUUUCCUGGACCGGAUGGACCUCCAGGUCAUUCAUCUGGGAUUUAUGUGCCUGGCCCACCUGGUCCCAAAGGUUAUCCAGGCCCCAAAGGUGACCCUGGGGAGCCUGGGGGUAUUUUUCAAGGACCCCCAGGUCUAGAUGGGGAUUAUGGUGAUGAAGGGCCUCCCGGAGAUCCUGGCCCACCUGGACAUCCUGAAGACAGAACUAGCAGGACUAUCAAAGGUCUCCAAGGAAGGAAGGGAAUGAAGGGUGCGCCUGGACCUACCGGAUAUGAUGGGGUGUAUGGAAUGAAAGGGGAGAGGGGGGAGUCCUGUUAUGAGUGUAUUGGAUCAGCACCCCCAGGACCACCAGGUCCCCGUGGUCUACCUGGCAUUCCAGGAUACAAUCAGGGACCAGGUGCAACAGGUGAUCCAGGUUUUCCAGGACCUAGUGGCUUACCUGGAAGACCAGGUCCUAUUGGUGAAAUGGGAUUUCAAGGGCCUCCAGGACAAAUAGGAGAAUCAUAUUCCAACAACAGUCCUGGGAUAAAAGGAGAGAAAGGUGAUCCUGGACCGCCUGGCAGGCCUGGUGCAGAAGCCCUCCCUGGGUUUCCUGGACAACCAGGUCGUAAAGGCAAUCAAGGGCCUCCAGGGGAUUCGUAUCCCUUCGCUGGGGAAGAAGGAGACCGUGGUUUCCCAGGUCCACCCGGGCCUUCAGGAAGACCGGGACUACCUGGCUACCCUGGGCCAGUGGGAUAUGGGCCUCCUGGAAUUCCAGGAAGAAUGGGCGAUGUUGGGGUACCUGGCCUGCCAGGGCCGUCUGGAAUUCCAGGCCAGAAAGGCGAACCAAGCCACAUCCACACCAAAGGACAUCCUGGACCACCUGGAUUUCCAGGUCUUCCUGGUUCACCUGGACACCCAGGUAAUCACGGAGCACUGGGUACCCCAGGAGUAACAGGUGUUCGAGGACAGAAAGGCGAAAAGGGGGAGGUGUCACGUCCUGGAUGGCCGGGUGUCCCAGGACAGAAAGGUGACAAGGGGCAGCCAGGUGUCCCAGGCCUUUCAGUUAGGGGCUUUCCUGGUCGGUCAGGUUCACAAGGCGUUCCUGGUCCUGAGGGACAAAAGGGUGAUAGUGGCCCUGGAUACCCUGGCUUCCCUGGACUCCCAGGGUCUCCAGGAGAAGAUGGAGAACAAGGUCCUGUAGGAGAUCCUGGGAUCCCUGGCCUACCUGGGAACCCAGGACUAAAUGGCAAUCCUGGUUAUCCAGGAGAAAAGGGAAAUAAAGGUUCUGUAGGGUUUCCGGGACCACCUGGUAAUAAGGAUUUAUGUGAAGGUAGUUUACCUGGACCUAGGGGAGAACCAGGACCAGAUGGUUAUCCAGGACAUCCAGGACCUAACAGCUCCCCCGGAGAGAAGGGGACCCCAGGUUUGCCAGGGUUUGGUCGCCCUGGAUUCCCCGGUGAACCUGGUGUCCCCGGCCCAUCAGUGCCAGGUCUCCCUGGCCUAAUUGGACCAAAAGGGAUCAAGGGACAAAACGGACUGCCCGGUCAACCAGGACUGAGAGGAGACCCUGGACUAGACGGGUUACCAGGAUACAUAACUGACGGGUUGCCUGGAAUUAUAGGACCACCAGGCCAAAUAGGUGCCCCUGGCCCAGAUGGGGCCAGAGGUCCUCAGGGUCCACCAGGCAUGAAGGGUGAACCAGGUUUCAGAGGUCCUCCAGGCCCCUCAACACAACUAUUCGACUUAGUCGGCCCCCCAGGGGAGCCUGGCAAUCCAGGUUACCCUGGUUUGUCUGGUGCCCGUGGAGAUACUGGAAGUGUUGGGCCAAAAGGGCAGAGAGGUGUAGAUGGAGCACCAGGGAGUCCCGGACAACCAGGUCCCCAAGGUGAUCCAGGUGUAAGUAGACUCACAGAAGGAAGUCGAGGACCUGCUGGAGCUCCAGGGGACCCAGGAGUCAGGGGGCCUCCAGGCCCAACGGGAACAAAGGGAGAUCAAGGAAUCUCUGGAAGGCCAGGUUGCAAUGGUGCAUCAGGUCCAACUGGUAACAAAGGAGUUAAGGGAGAUCCAAACUACUAUGGAUAUGGACUGCCUGGACCAGUAGGACAAAAGGGUGAACCAGGAUCACCCAGCACUAAUGCGAGGAAGGGUCAAAAAGGUGAAGCUGGUUCUAUUGGAGUUCCGGGUUUACCAGGAAGCCGUGGAGCAAAAGGAAACCCGGGGUCUGUUGGACAAAAUGGUUUACCAGGCUAUGAAGGGCUUCAAGGUUCAGACGGGCCUCCAGGAAGCAAAGGACAGCAAGGACCCAACGGACGGCCAGGUGACCCAGGCCAUCCGGGUGUCAGCGGUUAUCCAGGUCCUAAAGGCAAUCAGGGCCGGGAUGGGAUUCCUGGCUCUCCAGGGCAGAAAGGGGACACUAACAUCGUAGUAGGGACGCCUGGUGGUCGUGGUGAAACAGGUCAACAAGGUCCCCCCGGGAACCCCGGUCCCCCUGGCUUGCCUGACACUGGGAGUCCUGGACCAAUAGGUGACAGAGGAUUUCCAGGUUCACCUGGGGCCUGUGGUCCAAAUGGACUACCAGGAACCGACGGGGCUUGUCUUCCUGGAUUAAAAGGAGACCAAGGUCGUCCUGGCUUUCCUGGCAGCCCAGGCUAUCCUGGCCCACCUGGCCGUCCAGGUCCCCCAGUGCCUGGGUUAAAAGGAGACAGAGGGGACCCAGGUCUUACAGGAGGCAGAGGCUAUAGUGGACCCAGUGGAGAUCCGGGCCCACAAGGACCACCUGGUCCAAGAGGUAGACCCGGAGGUCAAGGACCAAGAGGUGAUCCUGGUCCUCCUGGAGUCCAUGGACCCCCUGGUGGCAAGGGAGAACCCGGAUACGACCCAGGUCCACCGGGUCCACCUGGGAUGAAAGGUUUUCCCGGACGACCAGGCUCCAAAGGUCAUGCAACAAUGGCCCAGGUGAUAUAUGAACCAGGACCUCCUGGCUCACCUGGUCCCCCUGGCAACCGAGGAGCUCCAGGGAGCACUGGACCAUCAGGACCAGUAGGCCAACCAGGUCAGCCAGGCGUCAAAGGACAGCGUGGUGUUGCCGGCCCGGAUGGCCUGCCCGGAUUCACUGGCCGCAAAGGAGACAAAGGAAGAGCAGGACUGCCAGGUCCAGUAGGCAGAAUUGGAGACCCAGGCAACAAAGGUCCUCAAGGGUUGCCAGGCGGAGGUUGUCCAGGUUUUAUUGACAGUUUCCUAAUAGCUAGACACAGUCAGAGCACCCGCGUUCCUGACUGUCCUCAUGGCAGCAACCUCAUCUACUCUGGUUACUCCUUCCUCUUCAUCAACGGAAAUGAGAGAGCUCACGGUCAGGACCUUGGUACCAUGGGAAGCUGUCUCCCUCAUUUCUCCACCAUGCCCUUCCUGUUCUGUGACACAGAAAGUAACUGCCGCUAUGCUUCUCGUAAUGACUACUCCUACUGGUUGUCCACUGACUCUCCUAUGCCUGCAAACAUGGUUUCCAUCACAGGGGAAAGGCUGGCUUCCUACAUCAGCAGGUGCUCAGUGUGUGAAACUACCUCCAAUGUCAUAGCCGUCCACAGCCAGACAACUCUGAUUCCUGUGUGUCCCCGAGGUUGGGAGUCACUAUGGACCGGACACUCAUUUGUCAUGCAAACGGGUGCUGGAGCAGAAGGCUCCUCCCAGCCCUUGGUUUCUCCUGGCUCCUGUCUGGAAAGUUUCCGCCAAGUGCCUUUCAUCGAGUGUCACGGCAGGGGAACGUGUAACUACUACCCUGAUUCCUAUAGCUACUGGCUGGCCUCUCUAGACCCCAACCGCAUGUUCAGUAAACCUGUUCCUCAGACAGUGAAGGGACCUUCGAUACAAAGUGUCAUCAGCCGUUGUCGUGUCUGCAGGAAACUAUGGCAACCUGAUACAGAUGACAAAUGUGGGGACAAUCUUUAACAUCCAAUUUUACUUUUUCAAUGUCAUUUAAAGUAUGAAAAUGUGAAAUAAAACAGUCUUGGUUGUUUGUGGUGUGUGUUUGUCAAACUGGUGCUUUGAAGUUACAAAUCUGUGUUUAUGAGUCUUGAAUAAAUAAAGCAAAUUGCCAAUUAAUGACAGGUGUUAUAUAAUUGCUGAUAAUAGUGUAUAUUAAAUUUAACGAUAAACUUCAUUAAAGUCAUUAAAGCUUAUAGCGGCUGUUGUGUGCCACCUGUGUAUAGUUGUGAUGCACUUGGGCCUCAACAACAGCUAACAUUAGCAGUGAUAAAGGUACUGAUAGCAGCACUUUGCCCAAUUCAGUUUUUGAAAUAGUCCUUUCUUGUACAGUUGUUUUUUUUCCACCAAGAUUUUCUGUAAAUUUUCUUUAACCCUCCUGUUGUCAUCGGGUUUAAAUUUAAUACAUUUUCAAAAAGUUUCUAAAUCAGACAUUUGGGUUUCCUUCAACCAAACUGUAAAAACGAAAAAUUGUAGAUGGUUCCAUACGACACUCCCCACAAGUUAAAUAACUGAUUAGUUCACUAUUUUCAUUGAAUUUGGGUGUUUUAUAUAAUUCCAUGGCAUUUAA